UGAUAUAAUUUGAAUAUCCUAACUAAUAUAAUGUGUGUUGUAGAUGGCAGUCCCGUUCAGAAUCCCCCAAAAGAAGCAGCCGUCAGGUUCAUGCAGUCUUGACAUGUUGUCUCCUCUGUCUCGACUGCAGGACAGUAACUCAUACAAGAGGCAGUGGGGUUCAGUCACUCUUAAUGGAAGAACGCCUCAUAAAAGCAGUUCUAAUAGAACUAUGCUGUUAAAAGACGGUCAGAGGAGUGAAUCAGAUGCUUUGACAGUUUGGAAACUGUCACUAGAUGGAGCUGUUUGUUCACUUUCGCUGACCGAGGGGAUCUUUCACCAGACUCACACACACACACCUGCUCAGAUAACAUUCCCAAAGGAGCUGCACGUGGAGUAUUCAGUUUUAAAAUGAACAAACAACCGAUCAAAACCUGCCCUGUUCAUGUGAACAGGACACCCAAUAAGUUGUCCGAGACACCCGGUUUCAGAGCCCAAUGUCAAACUGCCACCGCAGGGAGAGACUUCACAGGAAAUAACAGGCCUGGAUCCGGGGGAACUGGAGACGUGUGGGCUUUUCCAUGAGGAAGAAGAAACAGAAGGGACACAAGGCCAUUCUCAGGUGAAAGAGACACAGAGGUCGUCCACUUUGGAGGACAUGGCACACGAUGCGCAGACAGACAGCAAAUUACAGUCCACAGGUUCUGUUUGUGACGUCUCUAAGAUCGCAGCAAGCAAAAAACAAAAAUAGAACUGUGUUGAAUAAAAAAUCUGUUUCCAAACCUUCCAAUCAUGAACCCAGCCUCCGUUCAGGCCGCUCUCUUCAGGAAGCUCCAGCUAGACAUAUGAGGGCCUCUGGAGAAAGAGCUGCCAUCUCUGUGCCUGUUAGAAAAGACCUGCUGACUUCACCUCCAGAGGCCAAGAGCAAAGACCCUUUUGGGUCUUUUUACAACAACAGGUUGAGGAGGAUGCCCCAGGUUUUCUGUAAGACUUACAAGAAAUCCAAGCCCAGCUCCACAGAAGCGAUCGUGCUGUCCAGCGAUGAUGAAGGAGCCGAAGAGAUGAAUGACGUGUCUGGAAGUUUGCAAGAGCAGUGGAUCUCUGAGGGGAUCAGGGACGCUCAGAGCCCAAACACAAACGCAGGAGGUGAAAGAUCAAAGACAAAAGUAGAAGUGCCUACCAUCAUAGAACUGGACUUCAGCAGACUUCAUUACGACCCAGUCGAGGCACAGGCAAACGGGACCAUUGUGAUCACAGAUGUAGGCAUCUCUAUACCACUGAAAGGACAGGCCUGUCCUUUCAUCCUGCUGGUGUUGAGUGGCCGGUUGGACGAUCUUCAGGCAGCUCUGUUGACGUCUCUCAUGGACGUUAUUGGCCUGCGAUAUGGUCAGGGCGAUUUGAGUAACUCCCUGUCCUGGCCGGACGGGCUGAACCGGCUUCAUUGCCACCCACGGGGCGAACAUCUCCUGUCCCUGCUGGGACAAAACAUGAAGGACACUGGACAGGACACAGCAAAGCAGGAGAACACGAGUGGGACCAGCAGCUGGCUAAGAGAGCCAACAGUUAGAAGACCCCUCCGGAGCCACAGCCGGCAACAGAGCUCACCACGCAGGCUGAUCCAGUACCCGCCUCCCCCGUCCAAGGGCGGCAUUACCGUGACAACCGAGGACCUGGAGUGCCUCAAGGAUGGCGGGUUUCUCAACGACGUCAUCAUCGACUUCUACGUCAAGUACCUUCUGUUGGAAAGAGUUGUCAAAGAUGUGGCCGAAAGAUCUCACAUCUUCAGAAGCUUCUUCUACAAGCAACUUACUCGAAAAUAUACUAGCUGUCCAGAAGAGACUAGCCGCAUAGCCCCAUACAGACGACAUCAGAGAGUGAGAACAUGGACACGUCACGUGGACAUCUUUAGCAAGGACUACCUUUUUAUACCUGUAAAUCAGGAGGCUCACUGGUACCUCGUGGUGAUCUGUUUUCCUAGUCUGGAACGGCCUGAGUGUGUGCCAUGGAGAAACAAAGGCCUUGUGUCCCAGGAUGGGAGUCAGACAGCCAAAGCGAGCUCUGCAGGAGACUGUCAAAGAGGAAAUGGAUUGAAGCCCAGUGAGCCGAGAUCCCACAACCCGCCGGAUUGCACAGUACACAGCUGCACAAGAAAGACCGUCGUCAGGAGGCCUUGUAUUCUGGUCACGGACUCUCUAAAGCUGUCGUACCACCAGCGGAUCUACACACUGUUACGCGAGUAUCUGCAGCUGGAAUGGGAGGUUCGGAAAGGAACCGCUCAAGCUUUUACCAGGGAUUUGAUUCCGGGAGUGGAGCAGCUUCCCGCUGCAGGCAGCAGUGACCUACAUACUGGGGCUUUGCAGUGGGAUUUUCAGUUCUGGGACAAAUACCUGCGAUUGGAGCACGUUGGUUUCCACGGAAUCACGGUGGCGCAGGAAGAGGGAGGAGCUCCCGCGGGUGCUGGUGCAUUGGCAGGAUCAGGUACCAGAGACAGCAUACAGGAGCUGGGGGAGGGAGGAGCUACAGGAGCUGGUGCUGCACAGAGCGCCGAAUAA